GCGGAGCAGUGGAGCGCGCGCCGCCUCGCGCAAGACUGGCGGCAGCCAGCGGUGGAGGCACUGCGGCAUGCAGAGCCCGUCCCUGCAGAACAGCUUGCCCAGGGGCUGGAAUUCGCGAGUGCCCGCCCUGGGGCCGUGCACGCCGCGAUCGCAGCCGGCGGCGGAGAACGCCCUGGACACGUGCACCUGGCGUCCGUCGUCGGGGCCCUGACCGACAGCGCUGGAUACAUCGAGCAUCAGGUGCAAGACCUCAUGCUGGAGAUGUCUGGCGGCGCCGUUCUGGCGCGAGGAAUGGGCCGACGCACCGACGAGCUCCGCGACCCGGCGGUGUGA